CCGUAGCCCGGAAGCGGAUCCUUGCAGAGCUGCCUGCUGUAAGACCGACCCCUGUGGACUCCCUUGUGACCAGUUCCUGAGCCCGUCUUAAUCAGGGCAGAGCAGAUGAGGAGCCCAGAAUGAUGCAAAGUGAUAGCCAUUCGCCUAGAAGCCUGGGAAUUGAGGAGAGCAAGGGGAACUGGCCCAAACGGACAUCAGGGCUAUGGGAGACCUUUCUGUUGGGACCUUUACUGAUGAGGUCCAGAGUUCCAGUUCUUUCAGCUCUUCCGGAGGACUGCAGCCCUGGUCCCAUGCCUCUGGGAGCACAUCUGGGAGUGGAAAGACCACUACACGCUUGGAGUAUCGAGAAGGACAAUCUGAGCUUUCAGACUGCCAAAAUAAUGAAAAGAAAUUCAGUAGAAAAUGGAUCAACCAUCUCAAGGGCAAAGAAACGAACUCUGGACAGCACCAGUCAGACACUAAACUUCAAACAGAAACCACUUGGGUAUCUGAUGAAGAACUGAAUGCCCUGCAGUCUUUUUGUGACAUUAAAAUCAACCUGAUCCAUCACAGAGCAAACUCCAAGGAGAAAAAGGGCAGCAGACGUAAAAGGCUACAGCUUAGAUUGGAUGCAGAGGUUUCAGAGAAAGAUGCCUUAAACUGUGCCGUUCCUGAUGAACUUUUGAACAGAAUCUACCUAAAAAACAUGAGGACAACACCAAAACAGGUGGCGACAGCUAAGCAACACAUUUCUUCUUGGUGUCCCCACUGCAACAGAAAAAGAGCAGAACUGGCCCAAUCUGCCUUUCUGCGACAGAAGAAGACUUUGCUAGAGUCCCUUCUACUCCAAGAGAAGAUAGACAAACAUCUUUAUACCAAAGACUUUCUUACCCGUAUUGGAGAUGCACAUCAGGAAGGUUUUCCUAGGCUUUCAGAUGACCCCAGAAUAAUCUGGAAAAGACUGAAUGAGAAAAGUCAGAUCAGAUACUAUAGUUUUGAAAGGUCAGAUAGAGAGCAGAUGCGGCAGAAUGAAAAAAGCGCUUGUCACUCACCCUUUCUCUGCUGCUUGACCAAGCCACCUACUCUAUCCAAACAGGAGAUGGUGUUUACCAAUGAUAAUGUGUAAUGUGGAUAAAUGUUUCUGUUGUGAAUUUGAAUAAUCAUCAUUUUUACAGGUACUUGGGA